AUGUCGUCAGAGGCGGACAAGUAUGAAAUAUUGGAGAAGAUCGGUCAUGGCUCUUUUGGAGUCAUCCGAAAGGUUCGCAGGAAGCAAGAUGGCCUCGUCAUGUGCCGGAAAGAAAUUAGCUACCUGAAGAUGUCGCAAAAGGAGCGCGAGCAGCUCCACGCCGAGUUCCAGAUUCUCUCGACUCUCCGCCACCAGAACAUCGUCGGUUACUACCACCGCGAGCACCUCAAGUCGACGCAAGAUCUUCAUCUCUACAUGGAGUACUGCGGCAAUGGUGAUCUGGGUCGCGUCAUCAGGGAUUUGGCUGUAAAGGGACAGCGUGCGCAAGAGUCAUUUGUCUGGAGCAUUUUUUCGCAGCUGGUUACUGCGCUCUACAGAUGCCAUUACGGCAUUGACCCGCCUGAGGUUGGCAGCAAUGUUCUGGGCCUCUUCAGUACCGCUUCCAAGCCUAAGACGCCCCCGGGCACCAUGACGAUUCUGCAUCGCGACCUCAAGCCGGAGAACGUCUUCCUUGGAGAGGACAACUCCGUCAAGCUAGGCGACUUUGGUCUGUCCAAGAUGAUUCAGUCCCACGACUUCGCCUCAACAUACGUCGGCACGCCGUUUUACAUGUCGCCCGAGAUUUGCGCCGCCGAAAAGUACACCCUCAAGUCCGAUAUCUGGUCUCUGGGAUGCAUCAUCUACGAGCUCUGCUCGCGGGAACCCCCUUUCAACGCCAAGUCGCACUUCCAGCUGGUCCAGAAGAUCAAGGAGGGCAAGGUUUCACCUCUUCCUAGCUGCUACUCCAGCGAGCUUAUGGGCACCAUCAAGGACUGCCUGAGAGUCAACCCCGACCACCGCCCCGACACCGCGCAGCUUCUCAACCUUCCGGUUGUGCGCUUGAUGAGAAAGGAGAGAGAGGUUGUCGAGCUGAACAAGACCAUCAAGGCCAAGGAGGAUUCGUUCGCGCGACGUGAGAAGGAAUUGGAGGACAAGAUUGCCGGCUUCGAAGCUGACAAGGCCUCCGUCAAGCAAGAAGUUGACGCCUCUCUGAGGAGAGAAUGGGAAGUCAAGGCGCGUCUUGAGAUUGACCGACAAAUCAACCAGGAGAUCGAAGCCCUCCGCAAGCGAUUCGAGAGCGAAGUGCAGGCUCGUGUCGAGGCCGAGCUGCAGAAGAAGGCCACAGAGUCGGCCCAAGCCCAGGACCUCGCGGUCUCCCAGACCAAGUCUGACUACCCCAGAUCAUCCGUCGGCAACGCCAGCGGAGACGACGAUUUCGCAUCCUCGACGGAUCUUACCGAUAUUUCGGCAGACAGCCCUGUGGCUAGCAACGAGCUGAAGAAGGUCACUCGCACCCCCUUUGGCCGGGCGCAGACCAUGUUCGUCGGCGGCAUGGGAACUCCUAUGGACAUCGAGAUGGUCUCCCCGUCCCCUAUUGCCAUCGCUUCCCUGUCGCUCUCCCCCCGACGGAACCCGGCCACGAGGGUGCCCAACGCUAACACCGGCAACCUCUUCUCAUCGAACGCUACGUCCGGCGACCCUAUGUGGGAUCUGCCCCGUGAUACCAUUAGCAUCGAUUCAGACGACGAGGACAUUGUUCCCUCGCCUACUCGCAACAUCAAGUCGAGACAGAACCCCUUUACAUCCAAGAACCGCCCGGUUCUCACCUCUCAAAAGUCUGUUCCUAUUUCGCGCGUCAAGCCCCAGACUUCCUCGGGUGCGUUGAACCAAAACAAGACGCUUCCUGCUCUGCCGACCAUGGCCUCAAACCCGGAUCUGAGCCGUGGCCUGCGCGAGCGCUGCCCUUCGCCUAACCGCCGCCUGAGUAAGAUCCCGUCGGCGGCGAACCUGUCGGCAGCGAACAGCGGCAGCGAGUCCCCCGGCGGUCUUUCCCGCAAAAACUCGACCAAGAAGGACCAGGAGCCCCUUGGCAAGGUUGCGGCCAAGAACAACAUCAAGGGCAGGACGCUGGUUGAGCUUCAGCAGGCCCGCGCCGGCGGCCGCCCUCUCUCUGCCGUCCUCUCGGGCGGCGAGAACAUCAGCCCUAAGCGGGCAUUCAAGGACCGCAUCGCGGACCGUCGGGCCAGCGGCGGUGAGCCCGCGGCCGUCUGGGAUCCCGAGCGCGACGAGAUGCCCAGCCCCUUUUUGGUGCGACGCAAGCCCAUGGCCAGAGUCUAA